GAGUAAUGCAGUUGUACUUGCUGAGUCAACAAGUGGAGGUCAUAAAGACCAACACUUAGAGGACGUGGACCACGACGAAACAAGCACGUCAGGUGGAAAAUUGGAGCGUCUAGCGACUAGGACAUGGGUAGCAGGUGACGUCUGCGAAGCAAAGAUGACGG